AUGGCCGUUCGUCCCGUCUCGCCUGUACCAUCCAGUCUCAAUGCACAUAAAGAGAUCAUUCUCGACAGUUCCGAGUCUACGACGGGACUCUGGUUCAUUCCGCCGAAUCUCGCUCUCCCACCUCGCAAUCAACGAGGACCGUCGCACUCGAGACGUAGGCCGAUGAAUCACGUCCCUCGCCCACGCAAUGCAUUUAUCCUCUUCCGCUCCCACUUUUACGCGAUGAACGUCUUGCCCUCCGAGCUCGACUUUUGCAAGGACCAUCGACAAAUCUCACGCAUCGUGUCUAUUAUUUGGGCAAAGCUCACAGAGGUACACAAGAGCCGGUUCUUUGCGCUCGUUGAGGAGGAACAACUUGCCCACCAGCGGCUCUUUCCGACGUACCAAAUUCCGAACAAGGAAUCAAAAGACACGGGGAAGGAACGCACUUCUCAUACAAAGACCAAGGUCGAUGUCGAGGAGAACCCAGCCAAGUUAACAGCAGAGGAAUUGCAGUGUCGUGAGAUUGCCGCCCUCGUUCUUCAAGGGAUUUGUGGGCCCGAGUUGGCAACAAAGAUCCAGGAUAUCAUCCAAACACACCAACAACGACCACGCACGACGAAUGCCGCUGGAUCCUCCCCAGCACCUUCUAUCGAAGAAGCAGAAGAAGAGAAUGUCGCCCCAUCGAGCACACCACACGCCUCGACGUACAGGUCUUUGUCUCGUUCACCCUCGCCGUCCAUCUCUGUCUCAAGUUUGCCUGCUGCAAAGCACCGCUCACCAUUAUCCUUGGAGAAGGGGAGUAAGAAUAGUCUAACAGCGGUAUACGCACGACUGGCCAACCCACCUCGACGCGCCCGUGCUUCGGCCGUGUACACCAUGGACUACGACUCUGACUCCGCUGACGCAGAUGGACUCGAACGAAUGGACAUGACCUCAGGUAUUCCACCGAGUCUCAUCACAUUACGUGGAUCCCCACCGUCGUCUUUGCUUUCAACCAGCAACAUCCCAUCCUCGGCAGGAAAGGCAAGCGAAGCAGUGACUCCCUCACGCGAGUCGAGUCUCGUACCUGUAUCCAACUUCGAAGCCAACAGGGUUCAACUUGACUGUUCGGAGGCGCUAGAGACCGAGGACUCAAUCCACUGGUCAUUCGAAGACGAGAUGGGAACAGCCUCCAACUCGUGUUCGCUCGAACCAGAGGAUUCUAUGGAUCCGUUAUCUCACACAGAGGCAGACUCUUGUGACUCUUCCGAAUCACUCGAGCGUGAAUUUUUUGCACAGCGUGGUCGGACGCCGUUUGAUCCUGAGGACUUGACGUGCUAUGGACCAGCAUUUACGAUAGUGCCAUACGAGCACUCCAUUCUUGCAAUGAUUCAACGCGCCAACCAGGAGUUUGCCCAGUACGAAUCUGUGUCACCUGCCCAGUUGCAUAUGUAA